UGGGCAUCUUGCGAUUAAGAGUUACAGUGGUCUCCUUCUUCACUCCUCUCGCUAUUUCGUUUUUCUUUCAUCUCAUAUUCUCUCCCUUGUUUACAGCAAGACAAUUGAAACCUCAAGAAUUGAUUUUUUUUUUUAUCUUUUUUUUCAUUCUUUGCUUUUUGGGGGGGGGUGAAAUUAGGGUUUGUUAUGCUGUUACAGUUUUAGGGAAUAGAAGGGAGGGGAGAGAAAUGGCGGCAAAUGGACAGGGAGGGAUUGAGCCUGCUGUUCUAGAUGAUAUUAUCAACCGCCUUUUGGAGUUCAGGAACCCUAGGACGCCGCGCCAGGUACAGCUUUCGGAAAAUGACGUCCGAGCUCUCUGUACCACGUCCCGCGAAAUUUUCCUCUCGCAACCCAAUCUUCUUGAGCUCGAAGCCCCCAUUAAGAUCUGCGGAGACAUUCAUGGGCAGUAUGAAGAUCUUUUAAGGCUUUUUGACUAUGGUGGACUGCCUCCUGAGGCUAAUUAUUUGUUCUUGGGGGACUAUGUGGACCGUGGCAAACAUAGUAUAGAGACAAUAUGCCUUCUUCUUGCCUACAAAAUCAAAUAUCCCGAGAAUUUCUUUCUCUUGAGAGGAAAUCAUGAAUGCGCUUCUAUUAAUAGGAUAUAUGGAUUCUAUGAUGAAUGUAAACGCCGAUUCAACGUGAAACUAUGGAAAGUCUUUAGUGAUUGUUUUAAUUGCCUUCCUGUGGCUGCUCUUGUGGAUGAUAAAAUAUUCUGCAUGCAUGGUGGUCUUUCUCCUGAUCUAACAAACUUAGAUCAAAUUAGAAAUUUGCCUCGCCCAACUGAUAUUCCUGAUUCUGGUUUGCUUUGUGACCUACUAUGGUCGGAUCCCACUAGAGAAAUUAGAGGUUGGGGGAUGAAUGACAGGGGCGUCUCUUACACAUUUGGUCCAGAUAAGGUGACUGAAUUUUUAAUGCAGCAUGAUAUGGACCUUGUUUGUCGUGCCCAUCAGGUAGUGGAAGAUGGAUAUGAAUUUUUUGCUGAUAGGCAGCUAGUUACAAUUUUUUCUGCUCCCAACUAUUGUGGUGAAUUUGAUAAUGCCGGUGCAAUGAUGAGCGUUGAUGAAAGUUUGAUGUGUUCGUUUCAGAUAUUGAAACCCGCUGAUAGAAAGCGGUUCUAGUGAACUGAAAUUUGGUCAUUGGGCUUGGUUCUCCAAGAACGCCCUGUAGGGAUGGAUAUUUAACUCAUGAAAUCGACCACCGAUGAAUAUCAAGUUUGAUCUUGGAGGACUAUUGGUGUGGGUUAAGGCGCAAGAGGUCAAGGCGCAGGGUGGAGAUCAAGACGUUGUCGGUCAAGGUACAUGAAGUCAAGGCGUAGAAUGGAGGUUACGAUACAAAUAAUUUCUCCACAAAGCAAGCAUUCCAACCUAUUGAUGAAUGGUUGGUCAUGAAUUGCUUGAUUAUGAAAUUGAAUAACUAGCCAAUCAAUUUCAUUCCUCAGUUCUACUUGUACCAUACAUACCCAAGUUUUGUGGAUUGUUCAGGCUUUGUCAUUAAACAAAAUUCCAAACACAAUGUAGAUGUAGAUAGUAUGUGAGGCGUGAGCCAAUAGUUACUAGAGAGGUGUGGAAUUUCAAAAGAAUAUGCACAAUGGGUUGAUGAAAAUUGCAUGGUUUGUAGUC